UGAUUGGUACAUGGCUUAGUAUAUUUGUUCCUCUCAUAUGACACUGCUGACAGAAGUUUUAAACUUUGUUAAUAGAAGAGUUAUUCUUAGGUAAAUUCUGACAGGAGCCAUCAGUUUUCUGGACAUUCAGAAUUGCUAUUUCUUUAGGUUUAUAUGACUGGUUAAUUGAUUUAGAAUAAACCCAAAUCCAUAUCCAUGGACGGCAGCACCCACGCCAGGGCCCAGCCUUCACAGGUCACAGGCUUUGAUCGGGUCCAGGAGACUGACUCAAGACCCUCCUUGGGUGCGGACCGGGCCCCGGGGACCGAGCGUAGAGCUGGAGGGGAGUCCCGGGUGCGACGGCCGAUGAACGCCUUCAUGGUUUGGGCAAAGGAUGAGCGCAAGCGGCUGGCUCUGCGGAAUCCCGACCUGCACAACGCCGUGCUCAGCAAGAUGCUGGGUCAGGCGUGGAAGGCGCUGGGUCCAGCCGACAGGUGGCCGUUUGUGGAGGAGGCGGAACGCCUACGGCAGCAGCACCUGCAGGACCACCCCAACUACAAAUACCGCCCCCGCAGGAGGAGGCGGAUAAAGGCUGUUAAGAGCCAGGAGCCCCACCUGGUGCCCCACCUACUGCCAGAGCCUGAAGGCUACGGCCUGCCAACACCCAAGCUGUCCCUGCCAGACGGGCUGGAACGGAACAAAGGCGAAGAGGUGUCGGCCACCUUCUUCCCAAAGCGUGUGGAAGAGGGAGUGGUCCCCACGACCCCCUGGGAGAGGCCUCACCCUGUGAGCCACCCCCUUGUGACCCCCCAGGGAAAAACCUGGCUGCACCCUCAGAGCCACCUACAGCCUGCCGGUAGGUACUACGAGUGCUUCUACACUGAAGACGAACAUGGAGGGGGCCUCGGUCACGUCCUCACGGGGCCAGCGUGCCCCCACCCUGAACCCGCUACCACUCCAGUCUUUGAUCCCGGUUCAGAUGCCAGCAUGGAAUUCUGGACGGAUGCAGAGUGUGAUGAAUUCGAACGGUAUCUCAGCAGCUCGGAUCGGACUCCACUGGAGGGGGUUGCACCUGGAUGGGGUCGGAAUGCCCCCCAUGUGGAAACCAGCCCACUGAUCUCAGCACUCUCGGAUGCAAGUAGUGCUGUCUACUACAGCACCUGUAUCACGGGCUGAGUGAAAGGGCAACCUCCACCCUGUAGGGGGCGCUCUCCACAAGAGAACCACUGUAACUUUUUAAUAAUCAGACCAGAAGGCAAGAUGACCACAAAUAAGAAAAUUUUAAAAAGCAGCAAAAAAAAGUUUAGCUAAACUAUACAAAACUGUUGCUAACAGAAAGAUCAGCAGCAGCAUUGGAAGCAUGAGGGCGUAACAGCAUUAACACAUAGUUUAAGAAGGCAAAUGGGCACCAUAAGGCAAGAUGUGCGGCUGAGCUUUAAAUGCAGUGCUGGGUAACACUGCUGCUGUUGUAAACGUAGCGUUGUCGCAUUUUUAAGAUGUCUUUGUUUUUUGCUUUUUUUUUCCUCACCACCACGGUAAAUUUGCUGGUCAGAGAACGCGCUCAGCCCUGGAGGAAAUAGUUUUGCAUUGUUUGGAGAGUGGAGCAUGUCAGAGUCGUGGCAGACUCCCCUUGUACUCAUGUGAAUGCACAUCCUUUAAACUGGGGGCCCGGGGGGCAUGCUUUUUAGUAUGUAAAUCAAAAACAUGCGCUUUCAAUGAAACUAUAUAUUUAUAAUAUUAUUUUUGUUGAGAGUGACACUACACAAGAUUUUUUUUCCCCAAGAUGAAAUAAAGAAUAUUUAGUUUCCAGACUGUUUGUCCCAUCAAAUAGUUGUCAAGUUAUUACUUAUCUUUCUGUCAUCAAACGGGGUCAUUAAAAUGAGUUUUGACGUACAUUUGGGAAUGAAGUGAAGAAUGAUACGUUUGAAAAAUAUUUGUGUUCUAUUUUUCAUCUGUAAAACAUUGUCAUUUUAAAAUUUCCUCAUAUCUCGGGAUCUCCUGUUGGUUACACAUAAUAAAGCCAUGGUUUUAAUAAUGUCACUCUUUAGCAUCUCUGUAAGUUUGUUUAUCGGGUCUGUGAGCUGUAAAAGAGAGGGGGGUUUGUUGGGGUUUUUUUUUAUUAAAACUCACAUAAUCACUGCCAUACUGCUUAUAUGUUUUUAUUUUUUUAUUUUGUAGAAUGAGGCAGGAGACUGUUCUUUGUCUUUGAACAAACGGUAACAUGUAAGUUGUGCUACGUUCUGCUGCCUCAUUCCAUCUUUUUCGAUUUCUUGAAUCAACCGCAAAAUGAGCCGGGCUCAAAGGCAAUUUUGCCAAACCACUGACAAUAACGAAAACAUUUCUUUUUUCUUAACUGAAACCGCAGGAACAUUUUUUCCCCUCUUUUGCUUGUUUUUUUUCUGUAAAGAAAAUUGUGUUUGAGGAAUAAAUCUCUUGCCAUUUAGAAA